UGCAUGAAAGCAGAGCAUAAUGUCGACGUUAAUCCAACACAUCAACUUGAGCUCUGCUUCAAUCUCCACACCACCUCCCAUCCUCACCACAUUCCCACUUCUCAAACCCACCAAUUUGCGCCAAUCCCUUUUCUCAUUCACCCAUAAAUUAAUUCUUAGCCCCCCAAACAAGUCUUUGGACGAAGCUUAUGCGUCCGUUCUUGAUCAUUGCGCCGCCCAGAAAUCGUUAUGGCAUGGAAAACAGAUUCACGCCCACAUAAUAAAGCGUCACAAUGUGCAUGAUUUCAUGUUCUUGGCUACCAAGCUUGUGUUACUGUAUGGAAAAUGCGGGUCCUUGUUGGACGCAGAAGAGUUGUUCGAUGAAAUGCCUGAAAGAAGUAUUUUUGCUUACAAUGCCCUGCUUGGUGCUUAUGUUUCACACGGGGAGACUAGGAGAGCUAUUCAAUUUUAUGCGGAUAUGCGGUUUUUGGAUGUUCCUGUAGAUGCACAUACCUGUAGUUCCGUGUUGAAGGCCUGUGCUGGAGAAAGAGAUACGCGUUGCGGGAGAGAGAUUCAUGGCUACAUGAUAAAGUUAGGGUUUCUUUGUAAUGAUAUUGCUGUGAAUUCACUUGUUAGUGUCUAUGCCAGGUGCGAUGAUGUAGGGGCGGUGAAGCUGUUGUUUGAUCAGAGGAGUGGGAAAGGAGAUGUGGUAUUAUGGAAUUUAAUGAUUUCUACUUAUGGUUUGAUUGUUUUUGGGGAAAUGCUGAGUGCUGCUGUCACGCCCACCACAUACACUUUUGUUGCAGCUCUUCAGGCCUGCAAAGAGCUCUCAUCAGGGGUGCAGAUUCAUGCUGUUGUCUUCAAGUAUGGUCUUUGUUGGGAUAGAUACGUCGCGAAUGCUUUAGUAGUCAUGUAUUCAGAAUGCAGUAGAAUAGAUGAGGCUGAAAGAGUUUUCAUCAACAUUGAUAAUAGGGAUAGUGUUUCUUGGAAUUCCAUGUUAGCUGCUUAUGUGCAAAAUGGCCUUUAUGAUGAAUCACUUGAUUUAUUCCGUGAAAUAACAAGGGAUGGGCGAACACCUGACCGGGUUUCAGUUAUUACUGCUCUUUCAGCCUGUGGAAGAUCAGGAAAGCUGUUGAGCGGAAUGGAAGUUCACACCUUUGCUUUGAAAAAUGGAUUGGACUUGGAUCUUCAAGUGGGAAGCACGAUCACAGACAUGUAUGCAAAGUGUUCCAAGACAAGAUUUAUGGACUCUGCUUUCCGUAGGAUUCCCCAAAAAGAUUUUAUUUCCUGGACAACAAUCAUUUCUGGCUAUGUACAGAAUAAUGGCCACAUGAAGGCCUUGGAUUCCCUACGGGAAGUGCUGAAUGAAGGCAUUUAUAUUGAUAAAAUGAUGAUUGAAAGUGUUCUCAUUGCUUGCCGUGAGUUGAAAAGUAUUUCAGUAGUGAAAGAGAUCCAUGGCUACAUAGUGAGGAGAGAAUUAUCUGAUAUUGUAGUGCAGAACACUAUUGUGGAUGCAUAUGGAGAGUGUGGAGAAGUGGAUUACGCAAGAAAUAUCUUCGAACUGAUUGAAAUGAAAAAUGUUGUAUCUUGGACAAGCAUGGUUGAUUGUUAUGUCCGUAAUGGACUUGCAAAUGAGGCACUCAAAAUUUCUCAUCGCAUGGUUAGACAAGGUGUUGAGUUAGACUCUAUUGCAGUUUUGAGUAUUCUCUCAGCUGUUACCAGUUUAUCAACAUUGAGGAAGGGUAAGGAACUUCAUGGGUUUCUGGUUAGGAGGUGCUUGCAUUUGGAGAAAUCCAUUGCGAGCUCACUUGUAGAUAUGUAUGGGAGCUGCGGUGCUGUAGAUAACGCACAUAAAUUAUUCGAUUGUGCAAAAAGUAGAGAUUUAGUGUUGUGGACGAGUCUGAUUAAUGGAUAUGGAAUGCAUGGUCAGGGCAAAAUGGCUAUUAAAUUAUUUAGAAAGAUGGAGGCUGAGAACGUGCAUCCUGAUCAUAUCACGUUUCUAGCAAUUCUAUAUGCUUGCAGUCAUUCUGCGUUGGUUGAUGAAGGCCGAAGAUUUUUCAAUACUAUGAGUUGCCAAUAUGGCUUGGAACCAUGGCCUCAACACUACGCUUGUUUGGUUGAUCUCCUUGGACGAGCAAACCAUUUACAAGAGGCGCUUGAACUUGUCGAAACCAUGAAAAUGGAGCCAACAGCUGCUGUCUGGUGCGCCCUUCUUGGUGCUUGCAGAAUUCAUUCUAACAUGGAAGUAGGAGAAAUCGCUGCAAUAAAGCUUCUUGAAAUGGACCCCAAAAAUCCGGGAAAUUACGUGCUUAUUUCCAACAUGUUUGCAGCAGCAGAGAGAUGGGAAGAUGUUGAAGAAGUGAGAAUGAGAAUGAGACUUAAGGGACUUAAAAAAGACCCUGGUUGUAGCUGGGUGGAGAUUGGAGAUAGGUUGCAUACGUUUAUCACGAGGGACAGAUCUCACCCUAGGUCUGAUGAGAUCUACGACAAACUCACUCAGAUCACUGAGAAAUUAGAGAGGGAUGCAGGUUAUAAAGCACAAACUAGUUAUGCAUUGCAUAAUGUGGAGGAGGUGGAGAAAGUAAGGAUGCUUCAUGGCCACAGUGAACGACUUGCUCUAGCAUAUGGCCUGCUUACAACUCCCCAGAGAACACCGCUCAGGAUCACAAAGAACUUAAGAGUGUGUGGCGAUUGCCAUGCUUUCACAAAGCUCGUCUCCAAGCAUUUCGAACGAGAAAUAGUUGUGAGAGAUGCCAACAGAUUCCAUCACUUUAAAGACGGUUAUUGCUCCUGCAGAGAUUUCUGGUGAUGGUUGAACUCUUUGGCAAUGGCAAUGAUAUUAGUGGCUUCUGUUCUUGCUCUCGAAUCUCAUGAUAUUUGCAGGGGAUCUAAAACUUGGUUGCCAUCACUCUGCCAUAAUGAGAACCCAAGAUGAGCACUUGAGAAGCUACUGGCAUUGAUCGGGACAUCGAUUUUGGAUCGGAGGAUUUCAUUUUCAGGUCACCAGCCUACAUUUGAUAAUUCUUCUCAACAGGGCCGCAUGAGAUCAAUUUUCACAUUAUUUUAUGUUCCAAUCAUUUAUCACUUACUUAUUUAUUUUAGUUUUUUUUUUUCAAUUUCGAUUUCUAGUAUUUCGAUUUAAUAUUAUGAUUAACUUAGGGUUAUAUCCAAUAUGAUUCAUUCCUAAAACAGCUAAAAUUCAGAAUGAAUUUUGCAGUAUGGGUUGUAUUAUUCAGGCUGUAUAACCCUUGUUACCAAUAUAAACGAAUGCCUAUAGCUGUAGUUGCGUGAGAUUUUGUUUAUCUCAGACUGAGCCUUAUAAUUUGCAAGUAAUCUCUACAAGAUAGAACUUACAGUUAUGCUAUUUUUUUAUCACCACCAUGUUAACAGCCAAACUCAAGGUUUAUCCUAGAUUCAUGCACAUCUCCUCCAUUUCAGCUAGCAAAAACACUUUCAUUAAUCU